AUGGAGCCCGCGACGCCGACCACGCGCGCGCAGCGCGACCUGGAGACGCGCAUCGCGUCGAUCUAUCGCGACCUCGCUGACCUGGACGCCACCGGCCGCGUCCACCGCGUGCACCGCGGCGACGACGCGCUGCCCCUGCAGCGCGACCGCCACGCCCGCUACGCCGCCGCGGGGCUCGGGCGGCUGCCGGCCGGCUUCUCUUCGCUCGACGCGAGCCGCCCCUGGAUUGUUUACUGGGUCCUCCACUCCCUGGCGCUCCUACGCGCCCCGCUGCCAGAUGGGAUUGAAUCCAGCGACGUCGUGGCGUUCCUGUCCGCCUGCAAGGCCGCCGGCGGCGGCUACGGCGGCGGGCCGGGCCAGAUGGCGCACCUGGCGCCGACGUACGCGGCCGUUUGCGCGCUGCUGACGCUCGGCGGCGACGAGGCGCUCGCCAGCGUGGACCGGCCGGCGGUGGCGGGGUUCUUGCGGCGGAUGGUGGUGCCGCCGGAGCGCGGCGGCGGCUUCACGAUGCACGAUGGCGGCGAGGCGGACGCGCGCGCCUGCUACACGGCGAUCGCGGUGGCCACGGCCUUGCACCUGGAUGUGGAGGGGCUGGCGGCAGACUCAGGGGUGGUGGGUUACCUACAGCGCUGCCAGACGGUCGAGGGCGGCCUCGGCGGCGAGCCCGGCAACGAGGCGCACGGCGGCUACACGUACUGCGGCGCCGCGGCGCUGGCGCUGCUGGGCCGCCUCUCCGCGCUCGACCUGCCGCGCCUCGCGCGAUGGGUCGCGCAGCGCCAGGGCACGGUGGAGGGCGGCUUCAACGGGCGCACCAACAAGCUCGUCGACGGCUGCUACUCCUGGUGGCAGGGGGGCGUCAUGCCGCUGCUGGCGGCGGAGCGGCAGCUGCUGAUACGGCAGGCGCUGGCGGUCGGGCCGCCGGUGGAGGGGGACGCGGACCUGCAGGUGCCGGCGCUGCCCAGCCUGGGGGGCGUGGUCACCCCUUAUGAUGAGGCCUGCAGGGGGAGUGAUCGCGCGAACGACAAGGCCGAGCUGCUGCUGGAGCAAGCCCUGGCGGCAGAGGCUGAUGUCAAACAGCAGCGGCGGCAACAGCAGCAGCAGCAGCAGCAGCAGCAGCAGCAGCAGCAGCAGCAGGAUCCUGCAAGCAAGGGGACUGGCGGCGCGGCAGACUCGCAUGCGGCGGGCAGCUUGGAUGAGGCCGAGGCGCGGUCGCGGUUGCUCUUGAAGCAGGCGGAGGAGGCGCAGCGGGUGGCAGAGGAGGCGGACUUGAUCAUGGAGAUCGCCCAGUACAGCGCAGCCCAGCUGUUCGUUUGCUUCGAGGGCGAGGGCUCCCGUGCUCAGGAUGAGACGCAGCAGCAGGAGCCCGCCGCUGGCGGCAGCAGCAGCAGCGGCGCAGCUGCAGCGGCGGGCGCGCAGGGGCAGGGGCGGGGGCGGCCCGCCGCGCUGUUUGAUACGGAUGCGCUGCAGGUGUGGGUCCUGAAGGGCUGCCAGCAGCAGCUCAAGGGCGGCCUGCGCGACAAGCCCGGCAAGCCGCCGGACUACUACCACACCUGCUACUGCCUGAGCGGCCUGUCCGCGGCGCAGCACGCGGAGGGCGGCGGCGGCGUGCUGGGCGCGGCGGGGAACCAGCUGCGGAAGGCGAGCCCGCUGCUGAACGUGCUGGAGGAGAAGGUGGAGGCGGCGGCUGUGUACUUUGGCUCGCUGCCUCGGAUCUGA